GAGAGAAGUGGUAAGUUGAGUUCAGUUUUUGACUGAGCUCUGGAGCCAGCACUCCAGCCAUGAAGGUAGCCAGCAUCUUUCUUCUCACUGCCUUGGUCCUGUUGAGUUUAUCUGGUAGUACUAGAGCUAACUUCCUGGAAAGAGAGGCUAAAUGUACAAAUGAAGUGAGUGGAUGUCCCAAGAUUUAUAACCCUGUCUGUGGGACAGAUGGAGUUACUUAUUCUAAUGAAUGCAUGUUAUGUAUUGAAAAUAAGAAACACCGGAUUCCUGUCCUCAUUCAAAAGUCUGGGCCUUGCCGAAAACCAAGUUCUGAAAUCCCAUAAGAACACUAUGAUGUGGUGGCUGGCCUGAUUGCUGAAUAAAAUGCAUCUAAACAC